CCCUCAUCAUGCUCUUCAAAUACAGUAUGCUGCAACCACACCGCACCUCCAUCCUUCACUAGAACCCUAUAUGUGUACGUAUAUCUACGCAUAUGUCCACAUCACUCAUCAAUCAGAGCCAUCCACCUGCGCGUGCUUCGCUAGCUGCCUUGAGCUGCAGGGACGGACGCCAUUGUCUUGUCUCGUGCGUGGACGGUGGUGGUGGCACGUGCGUUUUUCUUCCUACUCGUUUAUCUAUCUAGGUACUUACCUACAUUAUCUACUUAUCUAUUCACCUAGGUGCGAGAGUACUUCCUCGACCCUCCUUGCUUGAUAAAGUAGUCGUGGUAAGCCUGGGAACCGGUGUGUUAAAGAUCUGUGCUAUUAUAUCUAGCAGGGGUUAGGC